ACAAAAAUAAAGUUUUGCGGUUCAAACGUUUGGAGUUUUUUCCAGUUGAGGUAUGUGGGUAGAUGUAACAACAUGGAGUGCUGUCUGACAUUGCAAUGGCCACUGAUCAAGAGAUUUGCAUGGGAGGAGAGCACGGGCACUCCUUUGUGAAGAAGACUUUUACCAGGCCGACAAACUGUCAUCAGUGUACAGAGUAUGUUUGGGGGCUGGUUAGCCAGGGGUUCUUCUGUGAAGUAUGUAAUUUCUUGGUUCAUGAGAAGUGCAUUAAAACGAUCGGAACUCCGUGUGUCGGGCUAGCAGCAAGCCUAGUAAAGAACCCUGUUGCCCACUUCUGGUCUGAGGAGAAGUCAAUCAAGGGUAAGUUCUGUAAUGUCUGCAGAAAGAAGAUCCAUGAAGCACCUGGCCUGCAUUGUGAAGUUUGUGACUAUUAUAUCCACGACUACUGCCAGGAGUUUGCAGUUCAGGAAGGGAACCUGCCUCCAAACUCUAAAUGUGUAAAGUGCAGAAAAGCAUGUUGGUCUCCAGACUGCCUAACAGGAAUGCGGUGUUGCUGGUGUGGAAUGACGGUUCACUCCUCUUGUUUGAACCUGGUAUCUGAGGAGAUGUUGACCUGCUGCUUUGGAAAACUUGAACCAAUUUUCCUUCCUCCUCAUGCUGUUUCUAUACCAAGAACUCAGAUGUCUCAGGUCAAUUUUCUGGGGUUGAAACCUAAAGAAUCCGUGGGAAUUCAUCAUCUUUAUAGAACUGCUGAGGGCAAAGGGUUAGCAGUGUCGGAUGAUUGGAGUUCAACUGUUUGUGGAGAGAGUGUCGUUCAAGGUGGAGCAGAGGCUAGCAGGGAACUCGAGGAAUCCAUGCCAUCAGCUGUUAGAUCCAGGGAACGUGAAAAGAAGGAAAAGCAAGUUAAAGAGAAGGAAAAGGAGUUGGAAGAAGAAUUAAUCAAAGUUUUCGACGGUUACACCUCACUUCGGAAACGGCUAUUCAGAACAAUCACAGUUUCUAAGUUUGCAACCAAGGACCAACUGCUGGCGGCAGCUAUGAAAGCUUUUGUUGUAUCACAGGAUAGUCGAAUUUUUUACCUUUUGGACGUCUACGCAGAUUGUGAUAACGCCAGAGAGGAAGAAAUACAGGAUCCCUAUCCUGUACAUAGACUAGUGCGGAGAGAAAACCGUCGGCCAGCAAUCCUAAUUGGUUUAAGAGAUAUAGAAAAUGAUGUUGGAAUCAUAAAGGUUUGGCCCCAAAAACUUCAAGUUAGUCAAUGUUACAUUUCUGUGAGUGUAACUUCCUCAGUUACAGCUGGCCAGGUGAUCAGUUAUCUAAUCCACAAAAAUAUUUCCCAUCAGAAUGUCAGAUUAUUUAUCUUUAAUGACAAAAUUGUUAUACCAAAAAUAAACAUGCAUACACUGAGUGAUGAAGAGAUUCCAUGGGAACUGUUAAAAAGACGAGGUUUCGAAUCUGUUCGGUUGAUGGAGCUGACCCGGUUCUACUUACAGCUGCGUGAGGACCCUCAUGGUCCUAACGUGGCGCUCUUCAUCGGGAAUCUUCCUCCGAACCUUUCUCAUAAAAACUACGAGACAAUCUUUUACAUGGACACUCUUAAUAAUGUUUUAUAUUGUUUAGAUGAAAGAGCUCUGAGUCUAGGACCAAUAUAUUAUGAAUAUGGUUCAAUGGUUAUCACGUUCAACAGUUCUAAUAGUGCUGUGGAUGCGUAUGAAACACUAAAGAACAGGGUAUAUGAAGAUAAAAAUCUUUUAGUGAUUAUGCUCCCGACUAUUGACCCCUCUAUGAUACCUGUGAAAACAGUUCCGCUUCUUGUUUUCGUGAAUGUAAAAUCAGGGGGUUGUCAGGGUUUACAGUUGAUUUCUAGUUUCCGGAAACUCUUAAAUCCCUACCAAGUUUUUGAUCUUUCAGUCGGAGGUCCUUUACCAGGGUGGGUAAAUAUAGAUGAGGGAUGUGAACCUUUACAGGGAUGGGUUCUACAGUGUUUGGAUAAUGUAGGACAGGACUCCCAGUGCUCUAACCCUCCUUGUGCAAUUGUACCCCUUGGAACAGGGAAUGAUUUAGCGCGUGUACUAAGAUGGGGACCAGGAUAUGGAGGUGACGAGGAUCCACAAUCCUUAUUGAGAGAUGUUAUAGAAGCAGAGGAGAUACGUCUAGAUAGAUGGACUGUAGUAUUCAGGCCCCUGUCUGAUGAAUCUGGGACACCUGGAGCUGAUGGAAAGCCCCUGAUAUCCUCAGCACAAACUAAUGAAGAUAAUGCACAAAUAUUCGUGAUGAACAACUACUUUGGUCUAGGGCUUGAUGCCGAUCUUUGCUUAGAUUUUCAUAAUGCCAGGGAGGAGAAACCUGAAAAGUUUAAUUCUCGUCUGCAUAAUAAAGGCGUUUACGUCAAAGUUUCAUUGAGGAAAAUGGUCGGAAGAAAAAUGUGUAAAGAUCUUCACAAGGUUCUCAAAUUAGAGGUGGAUGGGAAUAAUGUUGAACUCCCUCCAAUAGAAGGAAUUAUUAUUCUAAAUAUCAUGAGUUGGGGAUCUGGGGCCAACCCCUGGGGUCUGGAGAAAGAUGAUAAGUUUUCCAAACCCAAUCAUUGGGACGGUAUGUUGGAGGUGGUUGGAGUCACAGGGAUGGUUCAUCUUGGACAGAUACAGUCAGGGCUAAGAUCAGCUAUACGUAUAGCACAGGGAAGCCAUUUAAAGAUCCACAUGAACAGAGAAGUACCAGUGCAGGUUGAUGGGGAGCCCUGGAUCCAGCCUGCUGGAGAUAUUGUUGUUCUCAAAUCUGCUUUAAAGGCUACAAUGCUGAAGAAGCAAAAGCACAAGGUGAAGCGUCGUAAUACAGCUCCUCCGACUAAUCUUCCAAUCACUCCUGUAAGGAGCAGUUCAACUCCACCUGUACCCUCCAGUGCUCCUCCCCACCAAUCUCCUCCUCUUAAUUUGGCGGAUUUGUGCGACUCACCCAGCCACGCAACAGCUGUUUAAAUCCUAGUCAGCUGACUGUAUUGUCAACUGUAUAAGCUAAUUUCUUAAUCAAUUCUUUUUACAAUACAGGUGUUCGUUUUUCAAAAGUAAAAAAUAAUCAAAUGUUCAUGAAAGUUACAUUUUAUUCAUGUCACAAUCAUUUUGUGAGCAGGCAGACAUUUUAACUUUUCAUUGAUUUUGUUAAUUUUGUGUUUUUUUUGUGAUUUCAGAUACAUUCUUAAAUUUUAGAUUUUUUCUUUAACUUGAAUAUAAAAUUGAGGACAGCGAGAAAGAUCAAAUGAGCUAUGUCUGCCAAAAGUUUGCACAACAAGUUUAAUCGUGAAAAACUCAUAACCAGCUAAUUUUACAUAAACUCAAUCCAUAAUGUUCUUAAGGUGUUGCUUAACAUCAAAAGCUAUGAAGGAAAGAGUAAUUGCAGCUUCUAUGUAUUCAAAUAAAAUCUUUAAAAUUGUUAUAACCCCUGAAAGGAAAUUUGGGAGUUUGUUCAAAGUUCUGGCUCUGCUGGUAGGAAUGUAAACAAACUGUACAGUGUACACUAUACACAGCACACAUACAUUGAAUCAUUGCUAUUGCAAAACUGGUCUUCUAUCUAUUUUGUAUAUUUUGGAAAAUACUUUUAUUAAUUAAUUAAGUUUUAAGUUCUAUUUUUUAUAUUUUUCAUUUUAUUUACAUAUGUUUUCAGAGUAUAUUUAAUAUUUUUCAUAACUCUUAUUAUUACUUUUAACUGUCUAAAUAGUUUAUGAAAGAUCUCUGAAUGAAAGUAAAGAUAUGUCUAUUUAAUGUUCGUCCGAACCCACAAUUUAUGUUUUAGAGAUCACUAGAGAUCAGUUUAUUAAAAUCCACCCUAUUUAAUGUCUCCUUAGCUUUUCUGCUGUGCUACGCAUGAAAAAACUUCCCGCCAAAAAUAUAAAAUGGCCGACCUAUUUUUGGCAAUUAAACUACACAGUAUAUAUACAGAGAUGGUUCACACUCAAAGCGCAUUUAAACUCAAGAUAUUACUUGCCAAUACAUUGUUUCUUCCUAUAUAUUUUUUAGUCCACUGAAUUGAGUGAAUGAAAUGAGAAUUUUUCAAAAAUAAUUUACCAGUUCCAGUGCCAAAAUACUCCAAAAGUACGCCAAGUUAUGGGCCGACUUUCCGAUUAUAUAUAUAAUUUCUAUUCGAAAACAACAUUGCAAAGCGUUGUUUUCCUCCAAGGACUUGGUAUUGGUGUUUGCUCCCAUAAUUGUUUACAUUAUGUUGUGGUCCGAACUGUUCCCAGACUGGCAGACAUGAUCAUGUGAUCACUUUAGAUGUUCCUACAAGUUGUCAUAGUUUGGAUCACAUUACAUAUAUAUGUUAACACUUUGGUAUAGUUUUCACACCUGUUAAUGUGAUGUGUGUGUUAAUUGUUUCUCAAGGUAUUGAUGUUAUUUGUUACGUAUACACUGUGACCAUUUUCCCAGCAUUGGGAGUCUUGUAAAUUUAAUUGUGUACAUAUAUGUACGAAACCAUUUGUAUUACAGAUUCCUAUGAUUAAUUAAAUUGUUCACUGUUCA